GUGUGUGUGUUAAAGUGCUGCCACUCAACCUUUAAACUUUGUUUUCUAAUCAUUGUUUGUUGUUUGUUUACUGCUGUCUCAUGGUUGCUGUUCUCAGAUGAUUUAGACAGAAUCUGCUGACUCAUCCCUGAUGAUCUGAUACCUGAUCAAUAACAUGGCCUGGAGAGCGGUUGCUGUGACGACCACACACUCAACAGUAUGAUCAGUAUAAUUUGUAAACAGCUACACUGAAUGCAUUCUUUCUGAUCAGUGUGUAAUUAUUGAUUGAUUAUUGCCAAUAGGUAUCAUUACAGAGUCGUCUUAAACCGACAGCAGCUCAUCAAUCAACAAAGUACAAACAAACAAACAAACAAGGAGCUGAACAGGAUGAAGAAAGCAGUGUAUCACCUCUCUGUGCUCACACUCGUCUUCAUCACUCGUACAGGAACGCUGAGUCAGCUUACUGGAGCACUGUGACAUCACUGAUGAUGUCAUCACCUGUCUCAAUACACAGUAUCUCUGUCUGUCUCUCUAUCUGUCUGUCUCUCUAUCUGUCUGUCUCUCUCUGUCUGAUUCCCUGUAAUUAGUUAUUCUAGUAAUGUUAUUACUCCCUGCCAACAGUAAUCAGUUACUUUAUAUUACUUUAUAACUUUAUAAACUUUACCAGUUUUAUUGGUUUAAAUCAAAGUAAUGGAGUAUUUCCAAACUAGCUUCCUCCACGAUUACAGACAGCAAAUGUAACUAAUUAAUGUUAUUUAAUAUUACAUCAGUAAUUAGUUACACUACUGACUGGAGAGUUAUUAUUGUUGUUAUUGUUGUUGUUGUUGUUAAUAAUGUAAUGAGUGAACAGUGAGUCCCAUUAUUGUGAUAUAUUUUAAAAACAGAUUUAAAAUGAAAUUGUAAUAUUGUCAGAGAGAGAGAGACAGGCAGAGAGAGAGACAGAGACAUGAGGAGAAUCUGGAGCAUUACGUCAUGUUAGCCCACCCCCCCCUACCCCUCCAUCACCUCUGUGCAGCAUCCGAGCUCUGAUUGGCCCCUCAGCCAGUGGCCUAUAAAUCCUAUUGGCUGAUCCUGAGUCAGCUGGUGCGGACAAGACAGAGGACAGGAGAGAGAGAGAGAGAGAGGGAGAGAUUCUUCAGAUAAAAGCAGCGGGACUCAGUUCAUCCUCAUCUGGAUCAACAAAACCGGAAUAACCCAGAGAUCCUCCCGCUUCUACCGGAUCUACCGGCCCGUGGUACCGGUGCGGCUCGGAGCGGAGCAGCAGGAGCAGGAGGAGCAGCAGCAGGAGGAGCAGCAAGCUGUAGAUGAGACUCGCUUCCCUCUGACCUUCUGGAGGAAGUUAUCACCACAGUUUAAACCAGAUGUCCUCUCUGCUCCGCCCCAAGUGCACUAUGGGAUUUGCAGUCCUUUUCACUCUCCUCUCCCUGGUGACAUCAUCAGUGUGUGCUGGAGUGGGCGGGGCCAGUCAAGGUGGCGCCGUGCUGUGUCCUCUGCAAUGUGUGUGUGAGACGAGGCCCUGGUACACCCCACAGUCUGUGUAUCACCAGGCCAGGACGGUGGACUGUAACGAACUCCAUCUGCAGAGAGUACCAGCCAACGUUUCCUCUGACACACAGGUUCUGCUGCUUCAGAGUAACAACAUCUCCUCCAUCACUACCGAACUGCAGAGCCUGACCAACCUCACAGAACUGGACCUGUCACAGAACCACUUCACACAGGUUAUCUCUAUAGGUCUUUCCUCUCUGGGCCGGUUGGUGACUCUGUACCUGGAAGAAAACCACAUUGAGGAGUUGGAGGACUUCAGUCUGAGGAACCUGUCCAGCCUGGAGGAGCUCUACAUCAACCACAACCACAUCUCCUCCAUUGGACCCAAAGCCUUUGCUGGACUCACCAACCUGCUGCGGCUCCACCUGAACUCCAACCGGCUGGUUGCCAUUGACAGUCGCUGGUUCGAGUCCUUGCCAUCCCUGGAGAUCCUGAUGAUCGGGGAGAACCCCAUCCUUGGUCUGGAGGAGAAGAACUUCCUACCUCUGUCCCGCCUCCACAGCCUGGUGCUGGCUGGGAUGGGACUGGCCUCGGUCCCCUCUGCUGCCUUCCUGGGCCUCGACUACCUGGAGAGUCUCUCCUUCUGCGACAACCGGCUCAGGUCUGUUCCUCGGGACGCUCUGAGCGUGCUCCCUAACCUGAAGUUCCUGGAUCUGAACAGGAACCCAAUCAGCCGAGUCCAGCAGGGAGAUUUCCAGAACCUUCAGCACCUGGAGGAGCUGAGUCUGAACAACAUGGACGAGUUGUUGAUGGUGGAACGAUCAGCUUUCCAGAAUCUUCCAGAAAUCGCCAAACUGGAGCUCUGCAACAACCCUCGACUGUCUUACAUCCACCCCCAGGCCUUCAGUGAGCUGUCCUCCCUGCGGACUCUCCUCCUCCACAGUAACCAGCUCAGCCUCCUCUCUGGGGACCUCCUGUCGUCCCUCCCCUCCCUGGAGGAGGUGUCUCUGCGCUCCAACCCGCUGCGCUGUGACUGUCUCUCCUCCUGGGGGCCUCACCUCGGCAACCAAUCACACCUCAAGAUGCUGGAGUCCUCCGUCACGCUCUGCUCCUCCCCGCCGCACCUGGUUGGUCGGGAGCUGCAGGAGGUGGUGGCGGUCGGGUGGGGCGCGGCCGACGGCGGCUGGGGUGGGACCAACAGCUGCUUGCCUCACAUCUCUCCUCAAACCUUCCCCCCCGCCAUCAACGUCAGCGGCGGGCAGCCAAUCACACUGGAGUGCUGGGCGGACGCUGACCCUGCCCCCCAGUUCUACUGGGUGACGCCCACUGGAGACAAGGUGAGCUCGGAGGCGAUGGCUGCACCAAUCAUAUCAGAGGAGGGGCGUGGCCUGAGCAGAAGGAAGAAGAAGAAGCAUCGAGUGUCAGAACCCGGAGCGUUAGUGAUCGAACACGCAGAACCGUCAGACGCUGGUGUGUAUACCUGUGUGGCGUGGAACAUAGAGGGCGCGGACACAAAGAGUGUCUCAGUGUUUGUGGACUCCCAGGGGUCUGUGGGCUGGUGGUCCGGUGGGGGGAGCCGGUGGAGUGGUGAGCCCAGCAGAGAGCAGCUCUGGCUGGGGAACUGGUCCAGCCCCGCAGCCUCUCUGGUGGUGCUGGCGAAGGUGGUUCACGCCCAGUCGGUGGUGCUGGAGUGGAAGUUGUAUCCCAGCGGGGGGCCUUCGACUGCGGGUCUGAACCAGCAGGACUCCCCCCUCCCUCUUCCCCACUGGAUCAGUGCUACCGUGCACAUCGACAACCCCCAGAUCAGCUACACCGCCAAGGUUCCUGUUGAUGUUCAGGAGUAUAAUCUGACUCACCUCCUUCCUGCCACGGAGUACCACGUCUGCCUCACUGUCUCCUCCUCUCCUCCCUCCCUCACCUCCCCCUCCUCCUCUCCCAGCUCCUCCCCCAACCCCAUCUCUACCUCCUCCUCCCCCUCCUCUCCUGUCCACACCUCCUGUUUGAAUGUCACCACGAAAGAGGCGGGGUUCUCGGUGGAGAUGGUGGCGUCGCGGCGCAGCAGCGUGGCGCUGGCAGCCGUCAUGGGCUCCAUGUUCGCUCUGUCCAUCAUGGCGCUGCUGGUUGUCUACAUGGGCCGCCGCGUGCAGCAGCACAAGUCCUGUGGCCACUCGCUGAAGAAGUACAUACAGCACGCCACGUCCAUCCCCCUGAACGAGCUGUACCCGCCACUCAUCACGCUGUGGGAGAGCGAGGCCGAGAAGGACAAAGAUGACAAGGAGGAGGAAGAGGCAGGAGGGAGAGUGGAGGAGGCGGGAGGGAGUCAGAUCGACACCACAAAGACUUACAUGUGGUAGCUGGAGGAGGGGGGAGGUUUUAACUGACAGACAUUGGAGGGAGUUUAUGGGAGGACGAGAAGGAACGAAGAGAAACUGGAUGGAUGGAAGAGAGAGGUGACUCAGUGAAGAGCCUGACAGACAAAGUGUUGGGAGAAACAGAACAGGUGGAUAAAAAACAGCUCUCAACAUGCAUUAAAUUCACACUCAAAGGACCAUUCUGCUGUUUUAGCCCAUUGAUUAUAAAUCCUGUCUCCUUCACAUUCUCAUCAAUUUUCCAAUAAUCCAUCAGUUUUCAGAUUGAUUAACUUUCUUCCUCUAUGAAACAAACUUUACAAAUAUUUAAAAGUUUUCUUUCGAACCUGUAUGUUAUGUAAUGUUCUUAAGAUCCAGACGUCUGAUGACUAAAAUCCUUCAUCCGGUUCAAAUCUAGAGUUAAAAAGUAACAAGAUCUAAACAGUGGAUAGUAAACAGUCAUUGUAUGACAGCUUCUGAUUAUUGAUUAUUGAUCAACUCCAUAUAGAACAUAGCUCUAGAGUUUAUACACUGUUUAAUAUUAGAAAUUAUAGAUUUAAUUUGUUGGUUCAAAAGAAAUAUUGCUUAAAUAAUUAAUAACACCAGAGCAAACAUGCUCUCUGCAAAGCAGUUCCUUUAUCUUAAAAUCAAAUGGAUUAAAUAUUAUUGGAAAGCUGUACAAGUAACACAAGUUCAGCAAAUUCCUGUAAAUUCACCACAACUUUUCUGCAAAUCUGACCAAUCACCAUAGUUCCUUUGAGUUUCACCAAUCAGAGCAUAAUGUUGAGCUUUGUCACUAAACUGCUAGAGAUUGUAUUCUCACUGGAAGAAGUUGCCUUCGAUUUUCAAUGAAUUAUGCAACAAUAUAAUUUACACAAUUUUUUCCACUUUUCACUUUCUCCUGAAAUUUCAUUGCAAAAAAAGCCUAAAAACAUUGCAAUAUGCAUCACAAUGUUUGAGAAAAACUGCAAUGAAGUUAGGCAACUUAUGCUGCAACAAUCUAAAAAAAGCUGAUGUUCACAACACUAAAAUACUGAACUGAAAUGGUCACAGUUUUCUUUGGCUAAGAUGAGACUAAAAUGUCCACACUUAAUGUCUUCAGAAACUUUACGACAAAACUUCACUUCACUUUAUUUUACUUUACUUAUACAUUUGACGUAGUUUUGAGAUAUAUAAAAGAACAUACAUAUAAAAGAAUUAAAGAGACAAAAUUUGACUUUUAUUCAUGUCUUAAGUAUAUACUAUAUACUGCUACGUGCUCACUACUUUAUUUAAAAAUAUGUAAUAGUACUUGUGAAUUUGAGGGGUCAGAACUUUGCUUUCAAUUUAGCUUUUACUUAAUUUAAAGGUAAAAAUAUCAAAGAGUCAGAUUUGACAAUUUGGGGAAAUUAAAAGGACUAAUAACUUUACAUUUGUGUUUAAUUCACUUGGUCAACAAAUGUAAAAAAUAUAAAUGCAUUGAAAUCAUAUAAUCAAAAUAAAUCGGUUACAAAAAGAGAUACUAUUUCUUAAUGAGCUCAAACUGAGACUGAGAAUAUAAAAUUAAGGUGGGAUUUAGAGGUAAACAGGAUUUGUAGUUAAUGUGCUAAAAGAACACCAGUAUGUUUCUGUCCUCUGAUCUUUAUAUUGCUUCCAUCAAACCAGCUUCAGUUCAUAUUUACUUAAACAUGGACAGCUGUUAAAGACCUUAACAGAUUGGAUUUCACUCAGAUCUGUGUCUCACACUGCGGAGGUCAGUAGUUGUGCCGUCAGCUGGUUUAAAUGGGACGAUUCUUCCUCCAGCAGCAUCCAUAAAGAGACUUCUCAGUGCAGAUGAACUGCUGAGCUAUGAAUGGAAAUGUUACUGGAUCUCUUUCUCUUCUGUCCUCUUCCCUCUUUCUCCUCUCUGUCAAGCACACUGACAGUCGCUGUACUGUACAAUCUGAUUAUUGUAAUUUAGUUCAUGGUGAACACAAAUGCAGCACUUACACUCAGCACAGGCAGCCACAUGGAAUAUUUCACUUUAAAUGUUUUCAGAGUAGCACUUAAGGGUCCCGUAUUCAAAUCAUCUGAUUCCCUCAACAGAAAUUUCACAUAUUUUAAAACUUUUUAAAGGAAAUAUUGAAUCAGUUGAACAUUUUAUACGACAUAGAUGUCCACUCAUUCCCUCUCUAUUUGCAGUUUACAUUGCACUGUUGGCUGCAGCUUAAACAGCCAAAAUAUACAUAAAACUGUAUGCUGAUGACUUACUAUUUUACAGUCAGAAAUUUAAACAUAUGUGUGUACUCAAAUUGCCUGCUUUUCUUGACAGAAAGUUCAUAUAUUUUGAAGCAAUUUAAACUCAAUUCAAACUGUAUGCAGAUGACAUACUAUUUUACAGUCAGAACAUAUUUCGAUUUUGAUUUUAUUUUUGUGUCAUGCACAUAAAGUGCCCAACCCUCAUGGGCUUACAAGACACAAAAAACAGUAUAGCAGCAGAUCAGCAUUAAUCAAACAUUUGAUUCCAUUACAAAAUUACAAAUUAUACAUUAUGAUAUGGCUCGGCCUUAAACAACAACAAAAUAUUUUGCCUUUUCUCCCAAGCUUUUCAUAAAAAGUUUGCUACAAGAAAGGCUCUUUUCUUUAAGUACAAUUUAAGUUUUAAUAUAUAUAUGAAAACUUGAAUUAUAUAUAUGUAUUAAUUCAAACUGUGUUCAGAUGCCAUACUGUUUAACUUAUAAAUUUAUAUAUUAUAUAUUAAAUUAAACAUAUUAUAUUGCAUGUUUUUUAUUCUUUUAUUUCAUUUUGUUUAACACAGACAGGAGGAGACAUACAGACAUUUACUUUCUAUGUUCCCCUGUUGUUAGAAAAGCCCACUGAAGUUACACAUUAAACAUAAGUCACUUUCUAGUGACUAUUUUUUAUGUUUUGUCAUUUGCUUAAAUUGCUUUGUCAAAUUCAUGUUAAACUUCAGUUUUACUGUGAAAACCUCCAAAAGCUUCCAGUAACUAACAGAAUGGUUUAGUUAGAUAACGUUGCAUGUUUGUUGUUAUAUCUGCCAGAGAUCUGUCGUCUGCUCUCUGUAUGUUAGGAAGUGGUGUAAAACUGUUUCCUCUGUGAUGACCUCAUGUUUUCCAGCCAGCAGACGUAGUGCUGGGAUCAGGCCUUUGGUCUGUAGUCACUUUCAGAUCAGCUUGGAACCAAACAAACAUUAACUUUCUGUCUGAAUACAGGACCUUUAAUCCUCCAGAAACUUCACUUUACUUGACGCAGUCUUCAUCAGCACAGCAUGAAUGCAUCAUCUGCAUAUUCUAUUCAUUCUGCAUUAGGAGUGUGCACAACCCUGCAUCCGUCCUGCAGCAGGAUGGGUUCAGGUCACAGCUCAGUCACUCUUACAUCCAUGUGAAGAAUUUUAUGGACACCCACUGCACGGACACUAACAGUGACCACGUUGUGCUUUUUGUUUGUUCAGAGUUAUAAUCUCUGUUUUAUAUCCUGCAACUCUGACUUCUUUUGGAUUUGUCGACUUUCCAGCUGUUGAUGAUGUUGCACUGGUUGAGGUGAAGGUGCUGCAUGCCUUUGCACUCAUUAUUUAAGACUGUUUGUAUACAACCACGUCUGUGUGACAACCUGCAAACUGUUGGACGGGCGAAGAAUUUAACAAUUACACAAUUAAUCUGAUUUCACCAGAGCAGAACAAUUAUUUCAUGAUUGUAAAAAAUGCAAAGGUUCUAUAUUAAUGCGAUCAAUUUCUCAUAAUUACAAGAAAACAUUUUAUAUGUUGAGGAUGUCAGAAUUAGGAUAUAGUUUUAUGAGAUACAAUCCUCACAAUUACAGGGAUCAUAUCUUCUUAUUGUUAGGUUGUUACGCUUGUUUUCUUUUAAUUAUAAGACAAAGAUCUUAAAAAUAUGAGAUUGUUUCUUUAUUUUUAUGAGAAAAUUGUGUCAUAAUUAUAAGAUACAAACAAGCAGAUCUUUUGCUACGCAAACCUGGCAACUCUGUGUAGACCUGACCGUGCAUAUCCAAAUCUACGCCUGUUGUUUUCUCUUCAUUAAGAGAUUUAUGAGCGUUUUCUCCUAAUUUAAAAAUUCCGAUCUCAUAACUAUGAGACACCAAAUCAUAAUUAUGAGAUCCGUUAACUGUAACAUAAAGAUCUUUCUAUUUAGAGAAUUUCUUGUCAUUAGAUUAACAUCCCUUCCUAAAAGAUAUUCUAUAUGCUAGGCUAAUCUAUGUUGAAAAGACAACCACAUUUGAUAAAAGAUAAAAGAGACAUAUAUAUAUAUAUAGUCACAGUUAUCUAAUGUUAGCAAAAUGCUAGCUUCGUAGCUAGCUAAUCUACAUCGUUAGCUAGCUAGUUCCUGUCUCAUCCAUCAGUUUGCAGGUUUGUUGUUCAGAUUUUUAGCCAAAUAUUCCCUCAACUGUCUGUCAACCAAAACACUUCAGGAACAAACACCCAAAGGAUCCUCUGGGCAUUUUAAAGAAUAUAUAUUCUGUAUAUACACACACACUAUAGAGACUGAGUGUCUUUGCUUCUCUGGUUGCAGGUUCUUCAUGGUGAGGACUUUCUGGGUUUUUCACAGUAAAGAAUCUCUUGUUGACAUGUGAAGGUGUCACCUCCCACUCUGGGAAAUUAAAAUCAGCAUAAAUUAAGAACUGAGUAUCACUUUAAAUCUGAAUUUGAAUUUGAUUUGAACAUCGAUCAUCGGUCUAAACCCAGAGUUUGAGGUGAAAACGGAGUAAUCAUUACACUGCUCCUCUGGUGUCAUUUUCAUUCAACUUGACAGUAAUAUGCAGGGUAUUUUGUAUAUUUGAAGACAACUGUUGCUUAUAUUAUUAUUAUUGUAUUUAUUACUCAACACUGAGCACCAACUGUAACUAAAGAUGUGUGUGUGUGUGUGUGUGUGUGUGUGUGUGUAAGGGGAAUAUAAUAUAAAUACUCACUUUGUCACUC